AUGUUCACAGCGAGCGCACGUCCCGAGGCUCCUCUCGCCGUGCGCUCGCUCCCACGAGCCGCAUUCACAGCGAGCGCACGUCCCGAGGCUCCUCUCGCCGUGCGCUCGCUCCCACGAGCCGCAUUCACAGCGAGCGCACGUCCCGAGGCUCCUCUCGCCGUGCGCUCGCUCCCACGAGCCGCAUUCACAGCGAGCGCACGUCCCGAGGCUUCUCACGCCGUGCGCUCGCUCCCACGGUCCGCAUUCAGAGGAGCGCUCGUCCCCACGUUCCCUCUCGCCGUGUGCUCGCUCCCACGGUCCGCAUUCACAGCGAGCGCACGUCCAGAGGCGCCUCUCGCUGUGCGCUCGCUCCCACGACCCGCAUUCACAGCGAGCGCACGUCCCGAGGCUCCUCUCGCCAUGCGCUCGCUCCCACGGUCCGCAUUCACAGCGAGCGCACGUCCAGAGGCGCCUCUCGCAGUGCGCUCGCUCCCACGGUCCGCAUUCACUGCGAGCGCACGUCCCGAGGCGCCUCUCGCCGUGCGCUCGCUCCCACGGUCCGUCUCCGCAUACCUUUGUGCUAGUCAAGUCGCUCCACUCGCACCCUCCUCCGCCUAUGCGCCUGCUUCAUCCCACCUUCUCGCAACGCCUCCACAGUCCAGCCCCGGUCUUCCCUCCGCCUCUCUCUCCCCUUCAGGUGCUGCCGCUGCUAUCUCACCCUCCUCUGCCUAUGCGACUGCUUCAUCCCACCUUCUCGCAACGCCUCCACAGUCCAGCCCCGGUCUUCCCUCCGCCUCUCUCUCCCCUUCAGCUGCCGGCGCUGCUAUCUCACCCUCCUCUGCCUAUGCGCCUGCUCCAUCCCACCGCCUCAACAGUCCAGCCCCGGUCUUCCCUCCGCCUCUCUCUCCCUUUCAGCUGCCGCCGCUGCUAUCUCACCCUCCUCCGCCUAUGGGCCUGCUUCAUGCCACCUUCUUGCAACGCUUCAACAUCCAGCCUCGGUCUUCCCUCCGCCUCUCUCUCCCCUUCAGCUACUGCCGCUGCUAUCUCACCCUCCUCCGCCUAUGCGCCUGCUUCAUCCCACCUUCUCGCAACGCCUCAACAGUCCAGCCCCGGUCUUCCCUCCACCUCUCUCUCUCCCUUUCAGCUGCUGCCGCUGCUAUCUCACCCUCCUCCGCCUAUGCGCCUGCUUCAUCCCACCUUCUUGCAACGCCUCAACAGUCCAGCCCCGGUCUUCCCUCCGCCUCUCUCUCCCCUUCAGCUGCUGCCGCUGCUGGUGUGCAAGUUUCAGCACACUUCUGCACCUCGCCUUCACAAUCUGGUCUCCCCUUCACUGUCGCUUCCCUCCCAGCUACCCUCGCCGCUCUCUCACCCUCCUCCGCCUAUGGCCAUGCUCCCUUCUCUCGUCUCGCCCCACUUACACAGACCACCGGUCUUCCCUCCGCCAUCGCCUCACAAGCUACCCUUUCCACUCUCUCACCCUUCUUUGCUGGUGUGCAAGCUUCAGCACACGCCCGCACCUCACCUUUACAAUCUGGCCUCCCUUUCACCAUCAUUUCCCUUCCUGUUACCUUCGGAGCUAUCUCACCCUGCUCCGCCUAUGGGCUCAAUACCUCCCACCCUCUCACCUAA